AUGGAUACGAAGCUUAUCCAGCUUCAAAUUGCGAGGGAAAGAACCGAGGAGACGAUCCAAAGGAAGCGUUGUGACAAAAUCGAAAGAAAAAUCAAGGCGUUGAAGGAAUUGUCGGGUGAAGCCGACCAGCUGAAAGGAACCCUCGAAGGGUUGAAGAUAGCUGCUAAAAAGAGCGCCGAGGCAGUAAAGCAAUGGAAUGAUCACAUCGAGGAAAAGAUAACCAGGGCAGACGACGACAUCUUAAGGUUAAAGGAAUGGCUCGAGGAGACCAAGAGAGAAGAAAACCAGAAGAUCCGGGAAGAAGAGCUUCAAUACGAAAGACAGCUUUUCCGAAACGCGUCUAAAAUUUCAAACCGAGUUGAAUGCGGCCAAAGCGAGCAAGGCCGAGGGAAGGAUAAAUAUGGGAAAGAGUCAGAGAUCGUGAAAGCCUACAAUAAAGAAAUUCUGGAGUUGCCAGUUAUCUUCGGUGUAGAAGUGAAAGCGAUCCACCAGUUUCAUGAGCGAUUAGCAUAUUGUGUGCAAUCCUUGCAAACAAUGGGAAAAUUGGAUCAAGUCAACGGAAAUGUACCAAUGACACUUGACAAACUGUCAGGGAUUAGAGGCGAUCUUGUCCGCACUGACGACUCGUGGGAAAAUUGGGAUUUUGUGAAGCUUUGUGAAGCAUUACGAUUGUGGAUUAGGCGAAACCCAGUCAACUCCAUUUCAGCAGAGGAAGUGGAUUCUAAAUCUUCUCGUCGAAGGCGAGAAAGGCCUGACAAGUUGUUCGCCGCAAAACAAUGGGAUCUUAAACAGCGGAAAUGUGUUUACUGUGAGGACACAUCUCAUGUUUCAUGGGAGUACCCAAAAAUAUCAAUACUCCAUGAAAGAAAGAAGUUUUUGGCUCAACGUCACCUUUGUUUUAAUUGUACAUACAGCGGCCACCAGGCCUCCAAAUGCGGGAACAAAUACUCGUGCCGUAACUGUGGUCAUCGCCAUCACACGUCCAUCUGCGAUCGAAUGGAAACACCGUAA